AACCGUUACAUUUCACCUGAAGGACAUGAAAGAUUACAUCCUGUUACCGUGUGAAGAGCUGGAGCCUCUCAUCAUAGUAGAUGCACAGUGAAAACAAAGAAAUAGUAACUACUAUAAAACAAGGAGUGGGACUAUCCUUUAAAAAAAAAAGUAAAAUGAGUCUGGCUGCUUCAGAAUCACACCUAGACCAAAUGGCAGAAAAGGAAGAGGAGCCUGGUAGCUCAGCAGAAACUAUGAAGCCCUCCUCUUCUCGCAACAAGAGGAAGCCCACCUCUGUAGCUAAGCACACGGACCAGAAUGGGUCCGAGUCCUCAGCCGAAAGUGAAAAUGAAGGUGCCACUUCUGACAAUCCUUCAGACAGUAACACAGGGAGUGUUUCUAAAGGCACUUUAGUGAUGAGGCCAGCUGGGAAUGAAAACAAAGGUGCUAUGAAGCUCAGAGUGGAUUUCAAACAGAAAAAAACAGAUGAUACCCUGCAGAAGAAGGUAAACUGCACUGCCUGUGGAAAACAAGUGAACCAGUUCCAGCGUAACUCUGUGUUUGUUCAUCCUGUGCUCAAAGUACUUAUUUGCAAGUCAUGCUACAAAUACUAUACAAGUGAUGAUAUCAGCAGAGACUCUGAUGGGAUGGAUGAGCAGUGCAGGUGGUGCGCUGAAGGCGGCAAACUCAUCUGCUGUGACUACUGCAACAACGCCUUUUGCAAGAAGUGCAUUCUGCGCAACCUGGGCAGGAAGGAGCUGUCAGGCAUUACUGAUGAGAACUCAAAGUGGCACUGUUAUGUCUGCAGAUCAGAGCCCCUCCAGGAUCUGGUCUCCAAAUGCAGUCGCAUCAUGGAGAAACAGCAGCGUAAGCAAAAGAAAACGGAGAAGACGGAGGAACGUGAGAGCAAGAAGCAUAAGAACAAAGCAGCCAAAGAGCACAAAGCAGUCGUCAAUGGAAAAGAACACACAGAAGACUCGGGGACCAUGACAUUCUCCUACAAAAAACUGCACAUACCAAAAGAACUUAUAAAGAAAACAAAAAAGCUUGUUGAAACUACAACUGGGUUGAACAAUACUUUCAUCCAGUUCAUUCAACAGGAAGCCGAGGACCAGGGAGAAAAAUCUAUCAGGUAUCGGCAUUUGAAAGCCUUCAAGGCCGUGCUUUCUGAUUUGAGAAAAGCUCACAGUGCGUUAGAGGAGGCUUUGGAACCUGAGUUUAGAAACAUGGAGUUGCAGAAUGGCAAUGAAGGCCAGCACGUUGUUAGAAAAAGCACUAAUGUUGAGGCAGUUGCAGAAAAUGAUACCACGGACAACAUUGCAGAUUUGGUGUGUGAGAGCGAUCCCCCUAAAGAGGUGGAUGAGGAGACGCUUCAGGAGCAGGAUGUGGAAAAAGAUCAGGUCUCAGAGCAGAGUGAAAUAAACGAUCACCAAACGGAAACUGACGCAACCCAAAGGACAAUUAAAAAAGAAGUUCGUGAAGAUGGGCUGGUGUCUGCUGGUGAAAUGUCCUUAGAUCACGAUAUUAUGUCUGUGCCGCCUUCGGUUCCUGAAGAGCUUUUUCAGAUGGUGGAGAGUCUUGCAGAUUCUACAAUGCUGUCACAGGCUGACACAACCUCGGUCACCGAUGCUGAGUCACAGUCCAAUGGAACCCCAACAGACACUGAGCAGCCCCAGCCCAAGGUAAAGAACCUUAUAGUGAAACUGACUCCUGUCCCAGUUGUUACAACGUGUGGGUCAAGGCCAUCCAGGUCCAAAAACAAAGAAAAGGGCAGCGAGAUGCCAAAAAAGUCUGAAGAAGAAUGCAAGGAGGAAGAAAAUGCCGCUGCUGAUGAAGUAGAUGGAACCAAGAGCCCACCACCCAGCCGUCGUUCUAGUAGAGUGAAGACCACUCCUUUGAGAAAGCAGACUGAGAAUAAGGACAAGAAUGUGUCCUCUGACUCGGAUUCAGAGGAAGAGGAAGAUGACAAAGACAAGGUCAAAUCUUCCAAGAAAUCCAGGAGCACUAAAAAGGAAGCCGAGAAACAGGCCAAGGCUUCUGAUAAAAAGACAGCUGACUCUGACUCGGAUGAAGUUCCUGAUGUACUGAUGGAAAAAGCCGCAGAAGGCAACAGCACUGAUGAGGGAAUCGCCAAUUCUAAAAAGCGUUCACUCAAACUAAACCCAUCCACAGAAGACGCAGAGAAAUUGUCCAAACGCAAAAGAAAGUCUGAAGGCUCCGAUUUGGACCUUGCAAGUAAAGGUAAGAAGACUACCAAGAAGAAGAAACGGAACGGUUCAGACUCCUCAGACUCUGAUGAGGAGAAGGACAGUAAAGCGGGUGUAGCGAGGAGGAGAUCUACCCGUGUAAAGAAGCAGGAUGACACAAAAGAGGAAAGCAAAAACUCACCUGAGCCGAAGCCGAAGAGGUCCUACGAAAAGAAGCACAAGGGAAAGAGCUCUAGAACAUCCUCAAAGCUACAGUUGACCUCUAGUGAUGAGGACGAGGAGGAAGAGGAGGCUGAAGGUGACUCUGGGGAGGACAGUGACGAGCAAAAGAUCAAACCUAUUGUGGAGGAUAACGUUUUGGCGGGCAGUGCAGCCUUUAUUCAAUCCUCAGGAGAUGAAGUGGACACUAAAGAGGGAAUUACAGGGAUUUGUGACGAUGAUGACGACGAUCCUGAGAACAGGAUUGCGAAGAAAAUGCUUCUCGCCCAAAUAAAAUCGAACUACUCCUCGGGAGCAGAGAGCUCCUCUGACAAUGAAGAGGCAGAAAAGGAAGAGAAGUCCUCCAAGAAAGUUAAAAAAGAAAAUGAAGAAGAUGAGCAGCAAGAUGAUGAGGAUACAGAAGACUCUGGCUCUGAUGUCGAAGUGAAGAAGAGUGGCAGACGCCAUAAACUGCUUCGUCAUAAACUCUCACUGAGUGAGGGUGAAUCAGGAGAGGAGAAGGCUGUCGGGAAAGAGAAGAAGAAGGGCAAGAAGAAGUCGGGACGGAAAGUGGACAGCGAUGACUCUGCAGACUCAGACUUUGAAAAGUCUGAGUCCAGCGCAGGGUCGGCCAUGAGUGAGGUGGUUAGCGACUCAGACAAUGAAGACAAGCGUCGAAAGACCAGAGCUGCGAAGAAGAAGGAUGAUGAAAAACAGAGAAGUUACGCUCAGAAGAAGAAGCGACGCAGGAUCAAAGUUCAGGAUUCCUCUUCAAGCAAUGAGAAGAGUGGAGAGGAGGGCGAGGAGGACCAAGAUGGAGAAGGACGCAAAGGCCGAAAGAAGAUCCGCAAAAUCCUGAAGGAUGACAAGCUGCGGACGGAGACGAGGGAUGCUCUGAAAGAAGAGGAGGAGAGGAGGAAGCGCAUAGCUGAGAGAGAGGCACUCAGGGAGAAACUUCGAGAGGUGAUUGUGGUGGAGGAGUCUUCCCAGGUUGUCUGCCCCAUCACUACCAAGCUGGUGCUGGAUGAGGACGAAGAAACCAAAGAGCCUAUGGUGCAGGUGCACAGGAACCUGGUGACAAAGCUCAAACCUCACCAGGUUGAUGGAGUGCAGUUUAUGUGGGACUGCUGCUGUGAAUCGGUGAAAAAAAUUGAGAAGUCUGCUGGCUCUGGCUGCAUCCUUGCCCACUGUAUGGGCCUGGGAAAGACUCUGCAAGUGGUGACAUUUCUUCACACGUUGCUGCUUUGUGAGAAGCUCGAUUUCACCACAGCACUGGUGGUUUGCCCCCUGAACACUGUCCUGAACUGGCUCAAUGAAUUUGAAAAGUGGCAAGAAGGAAUGAAGGAUGAAGAGAGUUUAGAGGUAACUGAGCUGGCCACAGUGAAGAGGCCACAGGAGCGAGCGUACGCCCUUCAGCGAUGGCAUGAGAUGGGCGGCGUUAUGAUCAUGGGCUACGAAAUGUACCGAAACCUGACGCAGGGCAGGAACAUCAAGAGCAAGAAGCUCAAAGAGACUUUUCAGAAGACUCUGGUAGAGCCAGGGCCAGACUUGGUGAUCUGUGAUGAAGGCCACAUCUUGAAGAAUGAGGCCUCUGCUGUGUCCAAAGCAAUGAACUCUAUCAGGACGAGGAGGAGGAUUGUGCUGACUGGAACGCCGCUGCAAAAUAACCUUAUUGAAUACCACUGCAUGGUGAACUUCAUUAAGGAAAACCUGCUUGGUUCAGUUAAGGAGUUUAGGAACCGCUUUAUUAACCCCAUCCAGAACGGUCAGUGUGCCGACUCCACCCUACAAGAUGUCCGGGUCAUGAAGAAGAGAGCUCACAUUCUUUAUGAGAUGCUUGCUGGUUGCGUCCAGAGAAAAGAUUACACUGCACUCACCAAGUUCCUACCUCCCAAGCACGAGUAUGUGUUGUCAGUCAGAAUGACUCCAAUCCAGGCUAAACUUUACAGAUACUACCUGGAGCACUUCACAGGUGUGGGGAAUGCUGUGGAGGGGGGCAGGGGCCGAGCGGGGACCAAACUCUUCCAGGAUUUCCAGAUGCUCAGCAGAAUCUGGACCCAUCCCUGGUGCCUUCAGCUGGACUACAUCAGUAAAGAAAACAGGGGUUUCUUUGACGAGGACAGCAUGGACGACUUCAUCGCGUCAGAAACAGAAGAAUCCUCCAUGAGUCUGACCUCUGAAGAUGAGAAGAUCAAAAAGAAAAAGAAGCAGGGAAAAGGGAAAAAGAAGGGAUCUGACGAUUCGGACAGUGAUGAUGUUGAGGUCAUCAAAGAGUGGAACACCAGCUCUCGUGGCAGGAACGGCGAGGGCCGAAACAGAGCAGAGCCUGUAGAUGAACCACGGCCCUCUGGCUCCGCACCAGGAAGUCCCACUGCUGACUGGCACAAGGAGUUUGUCACGGAGGCUGACGCUGAGAUCCUGGAGCACUCAGGGAAGAUGAUGCUGCUUUUUGAGAUCCUGCGCAUGGCUGAGGAAGUAGACGACAAAGUGUUGGUGUUCAGUCAGUCUCUCAUCUCUCUGGAUCUGAUUGAGGAUUUCUUAGAGUUGGCUUGCAGAGCUAAAGAUGAAGAGAAAAUUUCUCCAUACAAAGGUGAAGGCAAGUGGUACAGGAACAUUGACUACUAUCGUCUGGAUGGCUCUACCAAUGCCACCACCAGGAAGAAGUGGGCUGAGGAGUUUAAUGACACCAGUAACACAAGAGGUCGUUUGUUUCUCAUUUCUACAAGAGCUGGUUCACUUGGCAUCAACCUGGUGGCAGCAAAUCGGGUCAUCAUCUUCGACGCCUCCUGGAAUCCAUCCUACGACAUCCAGAGUAUCUUCAGGGUUUACCGCUUUGGGCAGCUUAAGACUGUCUACGUCUACAGGUUCCUUGCCCAGGGCACAAUGGAGGAGAAGAUUUAUGAGCGGCAGGUAACCAAACAGUCUCUGUCAUUCCGGGUUGUGGACCAGCAGCAGAUUGAGAGGCACUUUACAAUGAACGAGCUGGCCGAACUCUACACCUUUGAGCCGGACUUGCUGGAUGAUCCCUCUGAAAAGAAGAGCAAGAAAGCCACACCCAUGCUUCCUAAGGAUCCCUUCCUGGCUGAGAUGCUGCAGAACAAUAAGGACCAGAUUGUGUGUUACCAUGAGCACGACUCCCUGCUGGACCACAAGGAGGAGGAAGCCUUGAGCGAGGAGGAACGCAAGGCUGCUUGGGCUGAAUAUGAAGCAGAGAAAAAGGGUAUGUCCAUGAGGACCAACUACCAGACGGCAUACGCUCACACAGACAUGAACAACCCCAGCUACUUCACCUACAACAUUGGAGCUUUGCCCUCCAUGACCAACCAGCAGCUGGAGGAACUAAUAAACCAGGGCCGACAGAAAGUCAUCGAAGCUACAAAUGCUUUGAAGUCUUUAUCACGGGAGUCACUGGAAGAUAUAAUCAGUAGAGUGUGGAAAGAGAACCCAGCGCUUACAGAGAACCAGGUCCAGGCUGUCGCUCUGGGGCGACAGGCCACCGUGGAGCUGGAGCUUAAACGCAGGGAAGCGAUCUACAGGGAUGUCCUCAACAGGCAGCAGUCGUUGAUGAUGUACGUGCAGAAGCUGAUUACCAACAGGAAGGUGCAGGAGCAGCAGCUGGCAAUGGCCAAUCAGGCCAGCUACCUAAACCAGCUGGCCCUGCAGAACGGCAUGAUGGGAGCCGGCGGGCUCAGUCAGAUGGACCUGCUCACUCUUUACCAGCAGCUCCACGGCCUGGGCGGCCAUCAGGGUAUGGGCAAAAAUCCUGGCCCCUCCAAGGGCCUGUAGGUCAAAAUGACUCUAUAUCACCAAUCUCCCCUCCCCUCCUCUCGCCCACCAAACACUCAGCUGCCCAGUCCCAGCAAGGCCCAGUUUUCUAUACUGCGAGAACCCUCCCCCCACACACACACAAAAAAAGCUCAAAACACACAGAUGCACCGAGCCUGAGGGUCGGUGCGAGACUGAGAUUGGACUGCUGUCCACUGGAGCCUCAAGUGAGAGAGACUCUCAGUGCUUUAUUCUGUAACUCACUGAGAGGAUGUAAUGUAUAAAUGACUGUGUGAAAUGUCUGUUCGGAAUUUCAACAGAGGAAAAAGAAAAAUGUAUAUACCGCCUUAAUGUUAUUCAAGUUCUAUAUCUUCAUUUUUCAUGUAUUUAAAGUUUUACCCCCAAUGCUUUAAGGCAUUGUAUUGAUUUGCCCUUUAAAAAAAAAAAGGGUUUCCUUAUUAUUUCCAGCUCAGUUUUUUAUACUGUUUUAAAUGCCUAACUAACUACACCUUAGUGGGACCAGUAUUGUUGGUGACAGGACUCUGAUGCAAAGCGCUACGCGACGAUGAACUCCAGUAGAUUCCUCCACCUUUAUCUAGCAAAGCAGACAGCUGUUGGUGCUGCAAGUCCUGCUUUUUAUUUCUUUCUUUCUUUUUGGAAGAUGGGAGAAACUGAUAAAAUGGGAAAGGGGAGGGGGGGAUUGGGGGGGAAAAAAUAUGGCCUUAUUGAUUUGCUAAACAAAAAAAACAAAAAAAAGCUCUGUAAAGAUUUGAGGUUUGUUGAGAAUCUUUUCUAUUUCGCUUUUAAGUGUUUACAUUAGUUGUCGCUGAACAUGGUAACGGAAUGCUUGUGUUGUUCAGAAACUGCCUGCCAGUUCCUAUGACCCUUUUGUAACGUCAUCCUCAUUGUCACGUGUCGUCUAGCAUAGCACCGUGCGUCUCGUUCAUUACGUUCCACUUGUGUUGAUCCCCGAGCCUGGGUGAGAGGCCGGGUCUCGCAAAGCGGAGGCGGUUCAGCCAGGUGUCACGGAGGGCCCAGAACUUUUACCCUUUCACUUGUCUUUCAGCGUUUGAAAUAUGCAUUUCCAGAUGGGAUUGACAGACAGAGUAAAGGCUGGAAAUCUUAUUAUAACUGGCUGAUUUGUGUCCUCUGCUUUGUGAGAAAUGCUCUCCUGGACACUGUAGUCUCACCAGGCAGGCCCCCAGACUACUUGUAUUCUACUUUGGCACAUUCAUGCUUCUAAAUGCUUAAACUGGUGUAGCUGUUGAACAUGAGGUAUAUGAACGUUUCUCACGGAGAGACGACCUGCCGUCUCCGAUUGACUCCUGUGUUUGCACAAGGUGUAUUUCAUAAAUGUAGAAAACGUUUUUUUGCCCUCGUCUAAGAAUGUUCUUACGUUAGCGAAUACACCAACAUGAUUUGCCAUGAAUCUGAUCUGCUAUUAUCUUGAUAAGUAUUUAAUAUAACAUUUAAUAAAGUGACCAAAAGGAUAA